AUGGAUACUAUUGGUGAAGGUGAUUGUCAAUCUCGCAGCGGCGUUGCCUCUCUUAGCAACAAGUGCGUCUUAGCAACAGCCUGCAGGGAUCUGCGGUUUGAACUCUCCAGACUUGUAUUUUUCCAAGGAGGUUCAAACUUUUUACAGCCCCCGAAGGAGUUUUUCUCAAGGGUACGUCAAAGAAGCUUUUCCCCUCUUCAGUUGAACAGUAUCAGGACCUCUUCCUUUAGCCCAAGUCCUGGAAUAACACCAGAAGCAACGAUUCACCCACUGUCACCUACAGUUAGAGAAGAUGAAGAACCUGAAAAUCUGGCAGUUGCAGAUCACCCACAUAUUUAUCCUCUAGUGUUAACUACCAAGACUCAAGAGAUAUUCGGCCUUCGAGUAGAGGAAGAUGUCACAGAUGAAAAACCUUAUAAACUUAUCAAAAAAGAAGCCAUUUUUUCAGACUUCAUAAACAGAGCUGCAGUAUCUGAUUUCUAUCCAUUAAAAAAAGUCAUUCAGGAAUAUCCUGGAGAUGAGAUUCUUGUUGUUUAUGACAAAGAAUUUAAAUAUGGACUAAACUUUUAUCUUAUUGGAACAGAAGAAGGCAAGGAACUCUAUUUAAAUUCCCUGGUGGCACUAGAAGAACAGAAUGAAACUAAAAAAUUUCCUGAUGAAGCAUUUAUUUAUUAUCCGCCUGUCUCUAAACCGUGGGUUUCACUGGGCAGUGAAAAAGAAAUUGAGGCAGAAUCAGUUAAGGAAUCUACAAAACAGAUUGCGUACAUGAUUUCUCGAAAACGUUAUGAUUUUGGUGCACCAGUUCAAUUCAAAGACCAUAAUGCUUCCAGUGUAAAGGAUGGCUACAUCGAAUGUACAUCCUACCCAGAUAAAAAUUUUACCGUCAAGGUAUUUGAGAAAGAUCUUGGCAUGCAAGUAGUUCCUAAAAUCAGGGACACAAGUACUCAGACAAAAUGGACAUAUCCACAAAAUGCCACUACCCAAUAUCAUGCAAGAGAAUUUUCAGAAGAAGAAAAAGAAGAACUCGGAAAAUCAAAGCAUUUGGCUGAUUUCCUUGGCAAUGUGGUCACAAGCGUUGAAAUAGCCCUGCAGCAAAAUGAGAUCAUGAAUACCUUCUAUGAUGACUGGAGAUGUCUGGCAGAGGAAGAAGGCACCUUUGGGGACAAGACUGACACCCACCUGAAGGAGUACCAGUCCUUCACUGACCUGCACAACCUCAUGGAGAAAAUGAUCACCUGCAUCGCCUGGCAUCCCGUUGUCUACGGGCUAAUAGCUGUGUCUCUGGCUGUGCGAAUGACCUAUGAGGAGAGAGUUCAUGCGUCUGGUAAAUUAUUGCUGCAGCCCUCGCUAAUCCUUUUCUGGAGUUUCUCUGACCCCAUACAUCCUCAGCUGAUGCUGGAGAGCCCAGAAGAUAUCUUCUGCUUUGAUUUCUGUCCCAGUGACCCAAAUAUCAUUGCUGGAGGCUGCAUAAAUGGGCAGAUUGUCCUAUGGGACAUUACUCCACAUGUAGAACACAUAGAAAACAUUAAGACGGGUGGUAAUCGAGGUAAAAAGGCUGUUCUCAAGCCUAUGUUUCUCCUUGAACCAGAAAGUAAUACAAAACCAACACAUAUCCGGAACUGUGCAGUCUCCUCAAUAGAAAAUGGGCAUAGGAAACUGAUUACAGAUUUACACUGGCUGUCUGAUGCUUUCGAGAUUAACAGAAUGGGAAAUGUUUUUGAGAAUAGAAAUGGAGUCUCCUGUCAACUCGUCACAUGUUCCACUGAUUGCACAAUAUGCUUUUGGGAUGUCAGAUCACAGAAAAUUUUAGUCCCCCAACCAACAGAGAAAAAGAAAGAAGAAAUUAUUGAAGUUUCUUUGGAUGUGCCACCUACCUUUUCACAUCUAGAUCUCUCCUGGAAACCCAUCACUAAGAUGAGGCUGUCUAAAGGUGAAACAACUUUAGAUCACUGCCCGACCAAGUUAACACUGAGUAAAGACCAUUUCACAUACAAAGGACAAGACAAGUCAGCCCAGAUCGCAGCAAUGAAAAUAGGAGAUAUGAGCCUAUACAAUAACCUGGAAGUGGGGAUGACUGAUCAGUUUAAGCCAAUAGAAGAUUUCUGCACGAAGUUCUUUGUGGGAACAGAGGAAGGUGAAGUGAUAUACACAGAUUGGAAAAUGGAAAGAGACCCCGAAACUGGCCGAUUUUUACCAAAGAAGCCAAUGAACCUGUAUGCCGUCCAUGAUGGAUCUGUCCACACGGUUCAGAGGUCACCUUUCUACAAGGACAUCAUCCUCACCAUCGGUGGAUGGAACCUGGCCAUCUGGAAAGAAGGGGUUACUGCUGGACCGCUCCUUCAGUCAUCCUGUUCAGCAAAAAGGUAUACCUCAGGGCACUGGUCCCUUACUAGGCCUGGAGUCUUCUAUGUUGGCCGAGAAGAUGGAUACAUUGACAUCUGGGAUCUCUUGGAGAAAACUCAUGAACCAGCCCAUUCGCAAAACAUUUGUAUAACUGUCAUUACCUUCAUCAAACCCUGGACCUUCUCUGCUAAGCAGCAGUUUGUAGCCAUAGCUGAUUUUUAUGGAACACUGCAUAUACUAGAAAUUCCUUGGUCAUUAAGUCACGCUUCCUCCAAUGAGGUAUCAAGUAUGAACUACUACUUUGAGAGAGAAGUCAAGCAUCUGGAAUAUGUCGAACAGCGCAAACUUAUUCGUAAACAAGAAAAGGUUGACAUGGAGCUCGAAAAUGAGAAGAAAAAAGUUAGAACAUAUGUGAAGUCCAAAGAACUACUCGAAGCUGAACUGAAAAUGGACUAUGAAGAGUACUUAAGUCUGGAACGGUCCAUCCUUGUGAAUCUUGGCCUGUCCAAGUAACAGAGAAGUAAUAUAUUAAAAUGCAGGGAAGCAAUCACGGUGGGGUUGGCAGGGACUCUAUAGAACUUUCUUUUCUUUUCCUUUUUUCCUUCUAUUUGCAGUGCAUGGAAUUGAACUCAGUCUCACACAUGCAAGACAUGUAUUCUACCACUGAGCCACAUUUCUGGGUCUUUUUUAUUUUUAUUAAUUAUUUUUUUAUGUUUCAUAUGCUAACACACUGCACAUUAAAUUGCUUUAUUUAUAAAGAUUAAACUUUAUUUCUGUGCUGUUAAAACCUUUGAUUUAUAACAAUAUGAUAUUUGUUUCAAUUUCUGGACAACAGAGUUCCAAACCUUGUACUGAAUAUGAAAAAUACCAAUAAUAAAACUGUCAUUUU